CACCUUUUGAAAAGGUCUUGUCUUUUCAAAGUAGUAUUCGUCUUGGCCACUCUUUGCCUGCUAUAUAGCUUGUCCCCCAAGCUUCUGUAUCGAAGGGACGCAAGAAAAUCGCUCCAUGAAUACUUGACCAAGACACUGUUGACUGAUAAUGGAGACACCCUCCACUGGAACAGACUGUUCAUGCUUAGUGGAGACUCGUCAAACUUGAAUUCUUCCAACCUCGACAAAUUUAAUGAAAAAACAAAAACCUACGAUUACCAAAAAACAAGAGAACUAAGGACCUCCUCCUGGGGUCACACUGCUGUGAGAACGCUUCAACAAGUACAUCGACAUAUGCCAAACAUAGUCAUUCCAAGAGGACAGAACAAAAGCCUUGAAGUGCUUUUAAGAAGAGGUGUUAUUGAGCCAGCGACUGAUCUAGUGACAACUGACACGAAGGUUAUCCUCUGGUAUUCUCCGACGAGAUAUCAUCCAGUAUUAUCGAGAUUACAUCCCUUGCGUGGAUGUCCAGAAUCCCGAUGUCGAGUCACGACAAACAGAGCCUUUUAUGAGCAGAGUGAAGCCCUCGUGUUUACAGCACAGCUCUUAGACAAGGCGCCACCAGAGAAACUUGUAAACCAAGUGUGGGUAUUACAUAAUCAUGAAUCUCCACGAUGGUCGAAGAAGGAGAUACAUUUGUACAACGGACACUGGAGCUCAAGGUUCAACUGGACGAUGGACUACAGAGCAGACUCCGAUAUCAGGGCCCCAUACGCAAUCUUCCGAACGAAUAAUGGAAAAUUUCGUAAACGCGAACAACCACCAAGAAACUACACACAAAUCUGGUCAUCGAAGAAGGGAACGGUUGCAUGGAUGGUUAGCAACUGCAAAACCAUUAGUAGAAGAAUGGAAUAUGUUCUGGAACUGAGUAAAUAUAUCCAGGUUGAUAUAUACGGUCGUUGUGGUAAUAUAAAAUGCCCCAGGUCUGAUGACGAAUCAUGUCUAAAACAUAUUUCGAAGAAAUAUAAAUUCUACCUAGCCUUUGAAAAUGCGUUUUGUAAAGACUACAUAACGGAGAAGUUUUUCCGUUAUUUUAACUCAGAUAUGAUCCUUGUGACCAGGGGUGGUGGUAACUACACUGCCGUUGCGCCCUCAGGAACCUUCAUCAACACAGCUGACUUCGUUUCACCUCAGCGCCUUGCACAGCGGUUGGCCGAGCUGGCUGACAGUGAAAGAGACUAUGUCAAUAUUCUACGCCUGAAAGACCUGUAUCAGUCCGUUUGGGAGGAGCACCCUAUCGUUAGAGAUGGACAUAUUGUAUAUAUGACCUAUCACUACGAGGCGAUGCCUAUGUGUGAACUAUGUGACAGAUUGUGGCAUGUUGACAAGUACAGGACAUUCUACACGGAUAUUGAGAAGUGGUUUGAUAAAGGGAUUUGUUUUCAACCAAAUGAUUUAUCUUCAUAAAUAACGUUGCCAAAAGAAGUAACGCUUGCUGUACGGUGUCAUAUACGGUGUCAUUUACUGUAUAUGCAAAUUGUGUGGGCGGAACAUGCCUACCCUGCUGUAAUCACUGAAUUUCAGUGUGUAGAUUAUUUUAUCUUUUAAUGAUGUAAUUCAUGUCCCUGUCAUUUUUAAUGUAAAAUGUAAAAUACGUCAGGUUGACUCGGGUUCUGCCAUUUCCAGAAUUUUCCACUAUUAUCUUCCGAAAAGAUUAUUGAUUAGUUUUUUUUUGUUUUGUUUUUUUGGUUUAACGCCGCACUC